UCGGUUCGGGAGCUGUCAGCGCGGGCGGGAGCGCGGCGGGGUGCGGGGUGGGCACGGCCGACCCCGUCCCGGACCCGGCCCGCGACCCCCGACCUCCCGCGCGCCCCGCACCCGGUCCGUAGGCCGCCCCGCCGUGUACCGCGCCCCUCUCUCACUCUCUCUCUCUCUCUCUUGCGCCGGCCGCCGGGCGGGCGGGCGCCGGAGACCCCGCCGGGGCUGAGGCUUGGCAAGCGGGCGGUGAGGGCCCGACUGCGGCCUUUUCGCCAUGUCCUCGGCCCGCGACAACAGCGGCCACUUCCCCUUGCACCUCCUGGUGUGGAACAACGACUACCGGCAGCUGGAGAAGGAGCUGCGGGGCCAGAAUGUGGAGGCCCUGGACCCACGAGGUCGAACCUUACUGCACCUUGCUGUUUCUUUGGGACAUUUGGAAUCUGCUAGAGUCUUGCUGCGCCAUAAAGCAGAUGUUACAAAAGAAAAUCGUGAGGGAUGGACAGUUUUACAUGAGGCUGUGAGCACUGGUGACCCCGAGAUGGUGUACACUGUUCUUCAACAUCGGGACUACCACAACACAUCCAUGGCCCUUGAAGGAGUUCCUGAGCUGCUCCAGAAGAUUCUCGAGGCUCCGGAUUUCUAUGUGCAGAUGAAAUGGGAAUUCACCAGCUGGGUGCCCUUGGUUUCUAGAAUAUGCCCGAAUGACGUCUGUCGCAUUUGGAAAAGUGGUGCCAAACUACGUGUGGAUAUCACAUUGCUGGGAUUUGAGAACAUGAGCUGGAUAAGAGGGAGGCGUAGUUUUAUAUUUAAGGGAGAAGACAACCGGGCGGAGCUGAUGGAAGUCAACCACGAUGACAGAGUGGUCACCACUGAGCACUUUGACCUUUCCCAGGAAAUGGAGCGCCUCACUCUGGACUUGAUGAAGCCAAAAGGCAGGGAAGUUGAGAGGCGGCUCACAAGCCCAGUCAUUAACACCAGCCUCGAUACUAAAAAUAUUGCUUUUGAAAGAACUAAAUCCGGAUUCUGGGGCUGGAGGACAGAUAAAGCAGAAGUUGUUAAUGGUUACGAAGCAAAGGUUUACACAGUAAACAAUGUGAGUGUGAUAACCAAAAUCCGGACAGAACAUCUGACCGAGGAAGAAAAAAAGCGAUAUAAAGCAGACAGGAACCCACUGGAAUCUUUGCUGGGAACUGUGGAACACCAGUUUGGUGCUCAAGGGCAGGACCUCACCACGGAACGUGCCUCUGCCAACAACCCCACGGCCAUCACGCCUGAGGAGUACUUUAAUGAAGAGUUUGAUCUGAAGGACCGGGACAUUGGAAGGCCGAAAGAGCUGACGAUUAGAACGCAAAAGUUUAAAGCGACGCUGUGGAUGUGUGAGGACUUCCCGCUCUCUCUUGUGGAGCAAGUCAUUCCCAUCAUUGACCUCAUGGCCCGAACCAGCGCUCAUUUUGCACGGCUGAGAGAUUUCAUCAAACUGGAAUUCCCACCCGGAUUUCCUGUCAAAAUAGAAAUUCCCUUGUUUCAUGUCUUAAAUGCACGGAUUACAUUUGGAAAUGUUAACGGCUGUAGCACUGCUGAAGAAACUGGAUCUCAAAACGUGGAAGGGACCCAGGCUGAUUCAGCUUCCCAGGUGGCAAACUUUGAGGUGGAUCAGUCUGUAUUUGAAAUUCCAGACUCUUACCACGUUCAAGAUGAUGGCAGAAAUGUGCACUUACAAGACGAAGAUUAUGAGAUAAUGCAGUUUGCCAUCCAGCAGAGUUUACUGGAGUCCAGCAGGAGCCAGGAGCUUUCAGGACCAGCUUCGAAUGGAGGGAUCAGCCAGACACAUGCCUAUGACGCCCAGUAUGAGAGGGCCAUCCAGGAGAGCCUCCUCACCAGCUCAGAAGGCCUGGGCCCCGGGGCCUCGAGUGAGACGAGCCGUUUUGAUAGCGACUUGCAGCUGGCCAUGGAGCUCUCUGCCAAAGAGCUGGAGGAGCGGGAGCUCCGGCUCCGGGAGGAGGAGGAGGAGCUCCAGCAAGUCUUACAGCUGUCUCUCACGGAGAAAUAGACCUUCCUGCUCACGGGCUGCACAAAGCAGAGGUUCUGGGCUGCACUCAAGUGCGGCAUCGCCAGUGCCCCGGGGCUGAGGGACUGCACCUCGCAUGGAUGCGGCCCACGGCAGCUGCCCUUCCUUUCCACAGAGGUGCCAGAUCAGGGGCUCCCAGGUCCAUCCCUGACACACACACCCCCCCCCCCCGGGUAGGGGCUGGGGACCCGCAGGCCCCAUCUCCAGGCUAAGGGGAAGACAGCAUUGGCACUUUCCAUUGGCUGUGUUGGCUUGCAGGUCACAUUUUUACUACCAGCUUUAGACAAAAACCCCAAUCCCCACAAGUUUGUAGAUUAAUUUUUAUCAAGGAGUGAUAACAAAACAAGUUACUGCAGAGUCAGGGUGCUUUUAUAUAUGACAGCAGCAGCCUUUGUAGAGCGUGGUUUAUGAGAAUUUAUGAGACACAUCUUCACAGUUCACCAAAGAAAUGGAUAAUCUGUGCCGAUCUACUUGUUUGUUUUUACCUUUAUACAGGAUUUCUAGGACACUAUCCCUGCUCCUCCUCCAUCUCCACCUUAUUCCAUCCCUCCCAUCCCCAGCCAGAGUUCAAGAGGAGACAUAUAAACGCUAUGUUUUAGAUUAGGCUUAACUAUUUGCAGCAUCACAUUAGGAUAUACAAAUGACCACGGAUGUUGCCUUAGCCUUAAAAAUUACCAGUAGUUUCAAACCACCUCACUCCACGCUGAGGGGUCUGAUUUGAAUUUCUAAAGGCACUUCCUUUGAGAGCAGGAUCCUCUAGGCUAAAUCCAAGGCAGCUAAUCCUGGCCCCAAAGGAGCAGUGAGGAGAGCCUGAGGCUUGUUCUUGAAGGGGGCAAGCUGGCCAAAACAUCGGACAGCACAGAACCAAACCAAGUGUGUUCUGCGCCCUCCCUAGGGACAGACUGCCAUGGGGAGGUCAAGGGAGACCCCACUCCAGGCCUAGGCUCACUAGAGAGGAAGGGGUGGCCUUGCAGUUUGGAAGGGAGCUACGAGCGGAACUCGAUAGCUCCGCAUUCAAAAGGGAAAAUGAGGAUUCCGCAUUGCUUUUUAGAGUUCAAAUCAACAUCUUUCUGGAUAAAUAUAUUUUGUAACAGAAUCUUUUUAUUAUUUUUAAAAGAUAGAAAAACAACUACUCCCAUCAGUAGCAAUACAAGGGUAUACAUUUUCACCAGAUUUUCUCAGGCCUUUUUUGGAUACCUUUAGUAGUUUAACCAGUUGAUCUGACCCUUCUGUAAAGAAGCACCGCACACCACACAGAAGAACCCCGGGGAGGAGAGCUGAGGGGGCCGCACUCUGGCCUGUCUCUUCGUCCCCACAGGCUGCACUGACAUAACCCGGUCACAAUGGCCUCCUCAGCUCUGCGUUCGUCUCCCCUCUGCCGCGCUGCUUUCAGGAUAGGGGGAGAGACCGGAAACUACGCUGCACUUAGCGUUGCUCUUGGUCACAGAGCCCCGUGCUUUGGAUGGCCCACAACCGCCAGCCGUCUCGGUCACGGUCCCACCCGAACUCCUCCCGCGGCGCACACGAGGCCAGGGUACCGCGGCGUCCCGCGGGGUGCAGACACGCAGCCCGGCGUUCUGUUGGCUCCGCGUUCGCCCCGAGCGAGGACGCGUGCUGGGAAGGGCCGCGGUCCGGCCGCAUCGCUUACUGGGGUGGAUCACAGUAACAUCGGUGUUUGCAUUCCACGGUCCUGCCUCCUGAGGAAGACGACUCCCUGGCAAGUCAGUUAAAAAGGGCCCUUGUGUCAGUCAGUUGCAGCGUUUUCCAUCUAUGUGCUCGCUCUCUGAAAAUGCCAAUAAAGACUGCUUCCCGACAGGGUGCUC